AUGCAGCAACCCAGAUCCGCCCUCUCGCCCCUUCCCGACAUUGUGCGCGGCCCAUCCGCACCGCCGCGACUACCACCUCGCCCUUCCCCACCACCGCCUGCUCCAGACUUCCUCGUCAUCGGCUUGUUCGCCCUGCGACUCACCAAGCGGUUGAUUGAAAGCCUCGAGUACUAUCCCGGUCGUGAUGCCGACAUCAUCUGGCUCGUUAACUUCCUCUCGCCCUUCCACAACGAAUACGAACUAGCCAAGAUCUCAGGUGCUCGGAGAGAUGACUACCUCGCGACGUAUCAGAGCAUUGUCUCACGGAUGAAGAAGCAGCCAAAAUACCCUAUGCGGUUCAUGCAGAUGAACCCGGAUCGAUCGGCGCAGCCAGCAAGGCGAGGAAGCGAGAUGGAGCGACCGAGGGACAUGACCGAUGUGGAGAGACUGGAGAUUAUCAACUUCUGUGAUGCAGCGGGCGAAUGGGGAUCUAUCCUCCCGAUACCAGCGCGUGAAGCAGAGAGAAUGGUCGAACUGGCUGACCGAAGGAAGAUCGCGGAUCUCGAUGAGCAGUACUACGAGGACGAACGCCCUACCACCAACCGCGCGAAGAGACCGCUCACCUGGAAGAUGGCGCUCCGCGACCCUGCGAGCACUGAUAUCGUCGACUAUUGUAUACGUGGCGAGUCUAACCACCUCUAUGAAGAACCAGAUGUCGACGAAGACAUUGUGUAUCGCAUUAUCCCCGGAGAUGCAGUGACUGACGAAGAACUGGACAUAUGCGCUGGCAACUUCUCUUCUGAUUACGGCGUGUGGAGUUGGAGAGCGCAUCUUGAAAUGGGGAUGAUGGCCGAGUAUGGGAAACCAAUACAUAUGAGUCGCGUAAGGCUGAGAGCUCAAUGCCUGCCUGAGGGCGCGAACAAUAUCCUAGUUACGGUCGUUACUAAAGACGAUCGGCACGUUGGGCACUGCUUCGUGAGCCAGUGGAUGCAUGGGGACAAUCGAGUCUGGUGGAUAACACAACUGGUCGUGGUGAAACGCUAUCGCAACCAGAGGCGAGCUACACGAAUGCUACAAGCCCUGGCCAUGCACUACGAUGUCGGCAGAUCUACCCAAAGAGAUCUUGUCGGAAUAGCAACCGUGAACCCGUAUAGUCUUUGCGCUAUUCUUCGCGUUUUCGGUCGUGGUAUCGAAGUACUGCCGUCGAAGCCGGAUUGGGAGAAAUGUCGCAUUCGCCACACGCCGCUGCUCAGUGCCGCAUGUGAGCCUAUAGUCGGCGCCGCACCACUCAGUUACAUCCGUAAUGCCAAACUAUCGCAGGGGAAGUUAAUUGCGAAUACAAGGUUCUUUGUAGAUCACGCUACAUCUGAAGAGGCGAUGGAGAGAAUCAUACACAGUAUGAACCAGCAGGUGUCCGGGCCGUGGGAGUGGUUGUUCGGCUGCUUGGAACCUGGGCACGAAUAUGUGUGUAUCCUUGACUAUUCCUACGAUCAGGAAUACAAGAUGGAUCUAGCACUCUUCGACACGCCAUCGGUUCCUAAUGAGCCUUGUUUGGGAAAGCACGCUGCAAGCCCGUCGAAGGCGCUGUUUAGAGCAGCUUUUGGCAGCUCCAGGCCGCCUGAGCAGAGCCCAACUCCGGUUCGAUAUGCUGACAUCGAUCGAUACUUGCUCGAAGUGCCUGAGAGUUGCGUUCUCGAUCUGAACCUCAGCAAUCGUGCCCAUGCAUCCUUGCAUGGCAGUAUGCGCAAGCUCAUCUACGAAGCCAAAGAGCUGAUUGCAAAGCAUUUGCGUGUGUUGCCCACCAUCAUGGGCGCAAAACAUAUACCAAGAGACCUUCGAAGAGUCUAUCAGACGGCCAAUAUGAUCUUCCCGUUACCAGGACAGAUACAGACGUGGGGAGAUUUUGUGCCGUACGUACAAGAGGUCUUCGAACACGGCAUCAACACUGAAGCUCGCAUGUUGAUCCUGCAGGCGAUUCAUUUCCAGGAGCUCCGUGAGACCGAUGAGAGGGAACAGAAAGAGAGGGCGAAGAAUGCCUCAGCAUUAGCCAAAACGACCAGGUCGAAAGAGAAAAAACGGUCGUUCAUGGACACGAAGGAGAAGCCUGGGAUUGAACCGUUAGCAUACGCCGCAUAUUCCCUCAAAGACAAUAACGAGGAACGAUUCGCAAAAUCGCGAACAAAGCGCCAACAGCCCUACACCAGCCACACCCGUGACGGCACCUAA